UUUUUUUUCGGGUUCGAUUCAGAUGGGGAUCCGGCAGCCGGUCGGCCGGGCAGUGCAAAAGAACGCGAACGCGAGGAAAAAGUGCGACAAAUUCGCGAAAAGCAAGAAGAGGACCGCCGCAAAAAAUUGGACGAGUUGAAGCAGCAUGCACUUGCUGCCGAACGAUUCCGCGAACAGCAAGAGGAAGAGCGCCGGCGCCACAUUGAAGAGGUCCGCAGUCGCGAAUCCCAGCGCCGCCUUCAGGUAGAGGAGCGAAAGCGAGCGAUCGUGGAAGCAGAUCGAGAGCGAAAGGAGCACAUAAUCAAACGCAAUCAGGAGAGAGACGUCAGGAUGGAGACUCGUCGGCGCCACGAGCGCGGGCAAAUCGUGUUCGCCUUUGGCAGUUCGACGCCGCGCAUGGUCCACGAAGUGGCGGACACGGCGUCCUUUUGGGGCUCGCGCAAGUCCACGUCCUCGUUCAACGUUGACACCGCCGGCACCGGCGCCGGUGGUGGCGUCGGAAUGAAGGCCUCUGGCGGCAGCGGCGGUGGCGGCGGCAUGAUGACGGACGUCAUGUCUGCGUCGUAUCACCCGGCCGCCACGACGGCGGCCAUCGGCGUGGGUGCUGAUCGACCGGCGACUGCGCCGCAUCAUCAGAAUCGACCAGACCCGAGAGACGUUUGA